AUGGUCAUUACUACGAAAGAAGAAAACUGGGGUUUCCCGAGGCAACUAGACACGUGCAAUCAGAUGUAUGGUAAUAUGAUGAUUCUGAAACUCAAGUUUUGGAAAAAUGAUUUUUUACUCAGACUCGAAAAUGAGAGCCCCAGUGUGGUCAAGUCCAGAGCUUAUCAUACAAGAGAUGGUCUUCCAGCGUGCGCCUCCCAUCCGCCAGUGUUCACCACUGUCCAGAAUGAUACCAAGGGCUCAGAAAAGUCAGCCGACAACACUACCAGCAUACCAACCCCUUUCUGGAUUGAAUGUAUUAAAAUUUUCGAAUUUGUAUCACCACACCGGUCUAAAAGCGGCUGA